UAAUACUUUACCACAAGCGACUGCCUUCCGAAUUAAUUCUCCAAUCUCAAACUCGGGUCCUUUUGCGCUCACUCAUAACAGAAACUACCUGCGCAAUUAUCUGAUUCUUCAUAUCGUAAAUACUGCAAUAUGGUUAUCGUCGUCACCGGUGGCGCCGGGUUCCUCGGCUGCAAUUUAAUCCAGCUUCUUCUCGAGAAGAACCACCAAGUCGUCGUGAUUGAUUCACUAUGGACUGGAUCUCAAAGCACCCUUGAUAAUUUUCGAUCGGACAAGCGAGUGCGAUAUAUUCAAGCUGAUGUUCGAGAUCCGUUGCCGUGGAUAGACAACGUCGAGCAAAUCUACCAUCUCGCGUGCCCUGCAAGUCCGGUGCAUUUCGAGACUCAGCCGAUUGACAUCUUGCAAACUUGCUUUAAUGGUGCAUCGAAUAUUCUGGACUAUGCAUUGAAACACAACGCUCGAGUGCUGCUUGCUAGCACUUCAGAGGUUUAUGGCGACUCCCAAAUUGCCUGCCAACGCGAAGAUUAUCGAGGCAAUGUCAACUGCUUCGGCCCGCGCGCUUGUUAUGACGAAGGCAAGAGAGUCAUGGAGGCGCUCGGAUAUGCUUAUCAAGCCGAACACGGUCUCGAAGUCCGCAUCGCACGAAUCUUCAACGCCUACGGCCCAUUCAUGGAGCCAGAAGACGGUCGAGCUGUCCCCAACUUUAUCAUGGCAGCUCUGAAGAGAGAACCAAUCACGAUAUUCGGCGAUGGACACGCAACGCGAUGCUUCCAACACGCCAAUGACUGUGUUCGUGGUUUAGAAGCCUUGAUGAACAGCGAUUAUCAUGGACCGGUCAAUAUCGGCAGUGAUCUAGAGAUGGAGAUUAGUGAGAUUGCAGAUAUAAUAUCUCGAGUCGUGGCUGAGAAAACAGGAUAUGAAGACCCCGUUGCUGUUCAUUUGUUGCCCAGGAGGGAAGAUGAUCCUGUUAGGCGGAAGCCGGAUACGAGUCUUGCUGAGAGGGUUUUGGGUUGGAAGCCUAAGGUGUCGUUGGAAGAGGGAGUAGCUUCGACGGUUGACUGGUUUAUUCAGAGGGAGAAUGGCAUUUCGAGCAGGCUCUAGAGCCAUCUGAGCUUUUGCAUUCAUGAUCAAUGAAAGAUAUACGUAUGUAGCGGAUUCAUAUAGCCUAAUGAUAUAUUGGCAGCUAGAAGUAUAUACCACUGUAAUGAGC